AUGAUGAAUUUGAAGGCAUGGGUACUAAAGAGGUGUAGAAAAAAGAAUAACACUUCAUCUGUUGAGUGUGACAAGUGCUGGCAAUGGGCAUUGAGAUGGGCCUCAUCGUUCGCGCGUCAAGGAGAGAAGGAAGUUAGUAUUCCAAGCGACGUCCCAAAGGGUCACUUGGCGGUGUAUGUAGGUGAAAACUAUAGGAGGUUUGUGAUCAAGGUGAAGUUACUAAAACAUCCUUUAUUCAAUGCAUUGUUGGAUGAAUAUGAGUUCAAUUCUGAUUCUAGAUUCUAUAUACCAUGUGAUGAGGAGGUUUUUCUUGAUGUAGUUGGGUGUGCCACGACCCCAACCGAUCGAAGCAUCUUGUGUUAUUGA